AUGAGGACAAGGGUUUGCCGCAUCACAGACUUGGCUCUUCGUGCCACUAAGCAGACUGCUGCUGCCAUUGGUUUUGCUCUUACUCUGUUGUUCAUCCUGCCUUCAUCUUUAAAAUUGUUGUCCAAACCCAAUCUAUGGCAGUUUAAGCUCACCUUGGUAAACUCCUCCCUGGCUUUUUUCCUCUUCUCCUUUCAAGUCCAUGAGAAGUCUAUCCUUCUAGCAGCCUUGCCAGUUUGCCUUGUCAUCAACGAAAUACCUCUGAUUGCCAUUUGGUUUCUACUAACGUCAACUUUCAGUAUGCUCCCCCUUCUGGUGAAGGACGGUCUGCUGUUGCCUUAUGUGGUGACCUCAUUGGCGUUCCUCUUUCUGAGUUUGUAUCUGCUCUCUGCUUUAGAGAGAAGUACAGAAGAAGAGCUCAGACUUGGCCUCUAUCGCAAACACACUCAGCACUGGCUGCCUAAACUCAACCUCAGCCGGAUCAUUAAAUGGAAAUUCUGGUUUUCACUGGUGGCCAUGGCAGCGUUGAGCUUUAUGAGUGUGUGGUUGGAGCCUCCGGCCAAGUUGCCCGAUCUGUUUCCAGUGCUGGUCUCCGUCCUCUCCUUUCUCCACUUUCUGGGCUUCAUCAUAUAUUUCAACCUGGUCCAGUUGAUGGAGCCGCAGAGGAAAAAGAGUCCGAAGAAAACAAACUGAAAUAAGUCUUCAAAGACGUUGGUUGUCAGAGGAAGAACUACAGCCAGUGUGAUGGUGAAAGGAAAGGACAAACCCUUUGGUUAGAAUAGAACAGGAUGGGAAUAGUUUGUGAAAAUUCAAUUUCCUCUUAAUGAGGUUCAGGGAUCUUGCUUGAGUUCAGAAGAGUGAAUCCAAUGAAAGGAGAUACAGUUUUGCCAGACUUUCUCUCACUUGUUUGCCUUGGAAACAAAUUCAGUUAGUGGGAUAUUGGUAUUGUGUAAAAUACCAAGCUGUAAGGCCAUUAUUUUUACAUUUUUGAUACAUCAUUAAAUGGUUUUGUACCAAAUGAAAGUAAAAAUAAUGACC